UAACAUGUAAAUUAGCUGUAUGAGUAACCUGUGCCCUUGUGAUAAGAUUUGUGUAUAUAUUUUCUGUUUCUGUUGUCUAAAUUUAUAUAAAGUUAAACUGCAUCCAAGUAUAUAAUUCUUGUUGUAUUAGUAUGAGCUACCUAUUUAAAGCUAUAUUGAUUCUUUUAUACUCUUAUUAUGUUUGUGCCUGUAUAAUGCCUGUAAAGGAAUAUGUAGUUUUUCCGGAAAGUUUAGGUUUUUUCGACGCUUAUAUAAAUUGUAAACAAAACAAAUUGGAACCAGCGGAAGUUCAUACAGAGGAGGAAGAGAUACAGCUCGAAAGCGCAUUAGAGCGUGCCGGCGCAAAAGCCGGCUGGCAAAAUGCUUAUUGGAUAUUUGGUAUAAAAUUAAAAAAUAAACCCUUCUUCUACUGGAUGGACUCAGGUGUAAGGGUCACGUACGACAAAUAUUGGCCUGGUGAACCAACUAAUUAUAAUGGGACUGAAGACUGUUUGGAUAUCUUCAAAAAUGACAACGGAAAUUUUGGUUGGAACGAUGUUCCUUGCAAUUUACAUUUCAAAUAUAUAUGUCAGAAACCAAUGCCGCCGAUUUGCCAAACUUGCAAUUAUGGUUCUGAAGUAUUGCCAGAGUUGUACAGAAAAUAAAUUGUAAACAAUAAAAAAAGUAGUAAUAAAUAGUUUUUAAAAGUAAA